UUUCUUCUUCGAUUGUAGAAAAGUAGGACCCUUUGCUUGUGGUUCAUGUAAGAUAUGUUCAUAGUCACAACAAGUCAUCGUUUACUCUGUGAAAAACGCAGUUGUUUUGAUUUUGUGACAAGUUUUCGUUGCAAUAAGAAAACCAAGUUUUAUUCCUCAACCAGACAACGUCGAUGGAUAUGUCAGACACGAGUAGCCACUCCGGUAAAGACAGAGUCUAUUGGCUUUGGAACUCAGAAUUUGGUCUUUGGGAAUGUCGUUACUGCAAUGGUAACACCUUUCAAAGGAAAUGGGAAAGAAGUGGACUAUACCGUCGCCGAGCAGUUAGCGGCUACUUUGGCAGCUAAUGGAUCCGAUGCUUUGAUAAUAGCUGGUACAACAGGAGAAUCGCCAACUCUGACGUGGAGUGAACAAUAUGAAUUGUUUACAGUAGUAAAGGGAGCCGUGGCAGGGAAAGCCAAGGUCAUUGCAGGUGCAGGCAGUAACUCCACAGAAGAAGCUGUUGAAGCAACUCAUAAGGCAGCAAAGUUGGGUUUAGAUGGAACUUUGCACGUUGUUCCUUAUUAUAACAAACCACCUCAAGAGGGAAUAUAUAAACAUUUUAAAGCUUGUGCUGAAUGUGAACCUGAUUUGCCCAUGAUGUUGUAUAAUAUUCCUGGUAGAACUGGUAUCAACAUGACGGCAGAAACGACAGCACGUUUAUCUCGUAUUGAUAAUAUCGUGGCAGUGAAGGAAGCAAGCGGGAAUAUUGAUCAGUUUAGUGAAAUACGAAGGAUGACGGAACCUAAUUUCCAUAUGUAUGCUGGAGAUGAUAGUCUUACUCUUCCAUUAUUAGCUUUGGGAGGUUCUGGAGUUGUCAGUGUAGCGAGUCACUUCAUUGGAAGUCAAUUGCAAGAAAUGAUAAAGUCUUAUCUUAGUGGAAAUGUGAAUGAUGCUAUUGGCAUACAUAUUCGAUACUUUCCUCUUUUCAAAGCUUUGUUUUCGAUGGCGAAUCCUAUUCCUGCUAAGAAAGCUUUGCAAUUACAAGGUUGGCCUGUUGGUCCGCCUCGUUCUCCUUUAACGGAAGCAAGUCCUGAAGUAGAAGCUUCCUUAAAAAGUCUUAUGAAGGAAUUACGUUUGCUAUAGUUGAAAUUGCCAAGUUGUUGUUACAACUUUUAUCGCAACGUUACCCAGUUAUAAUGAGAAGCUUGGAAUGUUUGUUUUUUUGAUUGAACGAUAAGGGGUAUUUUUGAUUGUCACAAAAUAUUGGUUAUAAACUAAAACCAAAUGUCAUUACGUGUUGUUUUCAAAAAAGU